ACAACACACCAAAAAAUUACGAGCAAGGGAGCCAUGGAUCUGGCAACGGGCGCCAUUGGCACCCUGCUCCCCAAGCUGCUGGAGCUCCUCGGCGAGGAGUAUAAGCUGCAGAAAGGCGUAAGGGAAGGCGUCAAGUCUCUCGAGAAAGAGAUGAGGAGCAUGCACGCUGCCCUCCGCAAAGUGGCGGAGGUGCCACGGGAGCAGCUCGACGAGCAGGUCAAGCUCUGGGCGGGGGAGGUGAGAGAGUUGUCCUUUGACAUGGAGGACGUCGUCGACAAGUUCCUGGUGCAUGUCGAUGAGGGUUCUGAGCCUGCAGCAAACUCUAACAAGCUCAAGCGGCUCACGAAGAAGAUGGCCGGCUUGUUCACCAAGGGGAAGGCUCGCCAUGAGAUCGCUGACGCGAUCAAGGACAUCAAUAAGCAAGUCCAAGAUGUUGCUGAAAGGCGUGCAAGGUACAAUGUCGACAAUACCAUCGCUAACCUCCCUACUGUGACUUCCAUCGAUCCUCGCCUUGGGGCUAUGUACACGGAAGCAACAGGGCUUGUUGGAAUUGCCGAAGCAAGGGAUCAAGAGAUAAUGAAGUUGCUCUCGGAGGGGGAUGACAUGUCCAAGAAGAAUUUGAAGAUUGUCUCUGUUGUCGGAUUCGGAGGAUUGGGCAAGACCACUCUUGUCAAAUCGGUCUUUGAGAAGAUCGGAGGUGAUUACCACUGCAAGGAUUUUGUUCCUGUCGGUCGAAAGGCUGAGGAAAAGACGGUUUUCACAAAUAUCCUUCUUAAUCUUGGCAUGAAUGGAAGUGAGCUCAUCAUGUUCAAUGAGCAACUGCUCAUCGACAAACUCCGGGAAUUUCUCAAGAACAAGAGGUACCUCAUUGUAAUUGAUGACAUAUGGGAUGAAGAACUGUGGACAGUUAUCAAGUGUGCAUUCUCUAGUAGUAACAAUUUUGGCAGUCGGCUAAUCACAACAACUCGUAUAGUCAGUGUAUCUGAAUCAUGCUGCUCGUCUACUAAUGAUUCAAUUUACACAAUGGAACCUCUUAGUGAUGAUGAUUCCAAAAGGUUGUUUUAUAAACGGAUAUUUUCUCUAGAGAGUGGAUGUCCUCCUGAAUUUCAAGAAGUAUCUAGAGAUAUAUUGAAGAAAUGUGGUGGUGUUCCAUUGGCCAUCAUUACCAUGUCUAGUCUUUUGGCUAGUGGUCAGGAGGUAAAACCUAAGAAUGAGUGGCACGUUUUGCUAGAGUCUAUUGGUCGUGGACUUACUGAAAACCGUAGUGCCAAGGAGAUGCUGAGGAUACUAUCAUUUAGUUAUUAUGACCUUCCUUCACAUCUGAAGACAUGCUUAUUAUAUCUAAGCUUGUUUCCGGAAGAUAGCAAGAUCAUGAAACAUCAGUUGAUAUGGAUGUGGAUUGCAGAAAGCUUUGUCCAAUGUGGGAAAGCAAAUACUAGUCUCUUUGAGGUCGGAGAAACUUACUUCAAUGAGCUUGUGAACAGAAGCUUAAUCCAGCCGGUAUAUGACGAUUAUGGCUCAGUACAUGCUUGUCGUGUACAUGAUAGUGUACUUGAUCUAAUUUGCUCCUUGUCAAGUGAACAGAACUUUGCUACUAUAGUGAAUGGUACUAGUGAUAACAUGUCUUCUCAGGGCAAAGUCCGCAGGUUAUCCCUCCAAAAUUGUACCAUGCCUCGCAUAUAUGAGAGUAUAGGACAAGUGAGGUCUGUUGUUACAUUUAAACCUGCUAUUGAUCUAAUGCCACCAUUCUCGAGCUUUGUUGUUUUGCGUGUAUUAGAUUUGGAGUUGUAUGAAUAUGGUGGUGCUAAGGAGGACCAUCUCAACCUUCAAGAGUUGGGGAGUUUGCUUCACUUGAGGUACCUACGUCUAUUUGGAAGAAGAACUGUUGAGUUGCCGGAAGAGAUUGGAAAGUUACAGUUUUUGCAGGUGUUGGUUUUGCCUGGACGUACAAGACUGCCGGCAACUGUGAUUAAGCUCACAAGAUUAAUGUACCUACUGAUUGAUGGUGGGAGGUUCCCACCUCCAGAUGGUGUUGGAAACCUGAGAUUAGUGGAAGUGUUGAAUACGAUCAAAGUUGGCUCUGUAAACAUUGCAAAAGAGUUGGGCAACAUGGACAGACUGAGGGAGCUUAAUAUUGAGUUUGAGAGCUCGGAGCCCGUGGAAGCUUUUGUGGAGUCGCUAGGAAAAAUGCAAAUGAUCCAGCGUCUAAUAAUCUGUGCCGACUGUGAGAACGAAGUUUCAAUGGAUCUGUUGGGGGAACGUUGGGUGCCCCCUGCAAGUCUCAGGGAGUUUAUCAUGCUCAUAGGCGUCAGAUUAUCUACGCUGCCAGCAUGGAAUCCAUAUCAUCUGUCACAACUCUUCAAAUUAUUAAUAAGUGUGGGGGAUGUGCGACAGGAGGAUCUGGGAUUCCUUGGAAGGCUACCGGCUCUUCGGGUUCUCUGGUUAUGGAGCGACAACCAAAGGCCGCUAGUUGUCGGCGCUGAGGGGUUCCGUUGUUUGGAAAAGUUCGUCUUGUUUUCCAACUCGCCGAGCCAAAUAUUGUUCCAGCCAGGAGCUAUGCCCAAGGCCAAAGAAGUUGACUUCAAAAUCGGUUUGCGGGUGGCAAAAGAGGAAGCAGCUGGCAACGGUGGUGAUUGGUUUGACCUGGGCAUGGAGAACCUUCCGUCCCUUCGGAAAGUCAAAGUCGAGUUCUUCCGUUCGGGAGUGACGGUCGGGGAGGCCAAGCAAGCACAGGCUGCGCUGCAGGACGCCGUCCUUGCCCAUCCUAACGGUCCCAGCUUUCUGAUCCGCUUCGACGAGGACAUACCAGAAGGUUCCCUAGUGCAUUUAUUUAUGCAUGCAUGCUUGUCGUUGCAACGAGGCCGUCGACUGACCAGCUUUUAUUUUAUUUCUUCGGAAGAUGAUAGUGAUGAGGACGUCGACUGCAACGAGGGCGAAGAGUCGGAGUGA